AUGUUGUCCUGUAGCUGGCUCAUUGAUGGUUCACUUCUCAGCUUCUUUGGAAGUUGCUCCUUGGUUGCGGUAUUCGGUGAGCUUGACCUGCCAGCAGAGCUCACUGGAGCAGGGAGACAUGCCGUCAUCCUUUUGGCGCCUGACAAAAUCAUCACAGCAGCUGAUGUUGCUGUACAGAGGAAGGAGAUCCUCCGAGCAUCAGGCCUCAUCCCUGAACAAAAGGAGUUGAUCCUCCUCAUGGCCAGUGUCACUGCGCAGAGGAAGGGAAUCGUCCCAAUGUCCAGCGUCCCUGUACACAGGGAGGUGUUCCUCCUCACAGCCAGUGUCCCUGUGAAGAAUGGAAACAAUCAUCCACAACCACCUCCCAUCAUCCCCAUGGUGGCACCACUGUGGAAAUGGGAUGGUGGAGCGUGUACUCCACCUGUGGAUUUCUAUUCCAAGAGAAGAGAUGUCCAACUUAGAUAUGUUGAGCAUCCUGCUAUGAUGUCCAUUACCAAGCCGGAACACUCCGAGGCCAACCCUCAGUGCCAGACUGGCAGCCGGCCGGCCGGUGGCUGGGUCUUUGGGAGUGGAAGAGUUAAUAAGAAGGAGGUUCAUCUACCUGAGGACAAAGACAGAUCUAUUGUCUGGGAUCCAACUCUGCACAGAUGGGUUAACAAAACUGAGCCCAAGGCUGAGAACAAGUGUGUACAACCACCUCCACGAAUGGGGACAUAUGGAUAUCAGGAGAACACUGGCAGUGUCCCCAAAGGAGUGAAUCCUUACUCUAUGAAAGCAAGUGAAUAUUGCUUUAGAAUACAUGUGGUUUAACCAAGACCGUGUCAGCCGAUCAUAGAUGUCCCUGGUGGUCUCCUGCUAACACCUUUCCCACUACCAGCAUGUCUAUGGGGCAGCAGAUACCCUACAAUGCAUUACAAUGAUGGGACCAACUCAAAGCCUCAAAGCCGUGGGCCUGGACUGCUUCCUAGACAGCUCUCUGGCUUGCUCCCUCCUUCACACUUUGACCUCAUGGCACCAAUGGUUGUACCACCUGACACUCUACCCUACUGAGGCCAUUUGCCCAGAUUGGAUUUGCAAUACAUAGAUUUUUUCAGCAUUAAAAAACUUCAGCAUUAAAAAUGUAUUAAAAGAUGAUCUUUCAAUUAAUCUCUCCUUUGUG